AGUGGGCCAAAAGUCUCGCCAGCUCAUGCCAAACGGAUACCCCUAUCCAUACCAUAUACUACACCUGCAUCCGAGUUUCUGUAUGGAACUUCUGUGGUAGAGGCAGCAUUGAAUUCUCAGAGAGACCCUCGACGGAAACUUUACAAACUCUAUAUCUACACAGGGGAAAAUAGGGACAGUGUUGACCCUGCCCGCCUGGAGCGGUUGGCACGAAGGAAAGGAAUUGAAGUCGCACGUGUUGGGGGCGACUGGUUACGGCUCAUGGACAAGAUGAGUGGAGGGAGGCCACACAAUGGCUAUGUCCUUGAGGCAUCUCCUUUACCAAGACUACCUGUAAUGAGCUUAGGAGAACUCGCGGAACAAGAUGGGGAGAGUGGAUUCAAAGUCGAUGUGGAACAUCAAUCACGCGAGGAUGCCGCAGUCAACGGGACUUCCGAUUUCAUCAAGCUUCCCAGAAAUUCUUCAGGGCGAAAGCCUUUCGUUCUCCUUCUAGAUAGCAUUGAGGAUCCCGGAAAUCUGGGCGGCAUCAUCCGAACAGCUUCAUUCCUUGGAGUAACUGCAGUUGCCAUUUCGGUUCGGAACAGCGCAUCUUUCACUCCCGUUGUCCUCAAAGCAUCUGCAGGGGCUUCUGAGAAUGUGACCUUGUUCUCGGUCAACAAGCCAGCAGGGUUCGUUGCUAACUCAAAAUUGGCCGGGUGGAAAAUUUUUGCCGCAGUGCCACCUUCUAGAUCCAAGGAGCGAAAUGUGACCCCGGCGGUAUUCGCUGAUGACCUGGAAGAUCCACUGUCUGAAGAUCCGUGCAUUCUGAUGCUUGGCGGAGAGGGGGAGGGUCUUCGCAUGAAUUUGAGAAGCAAAGCCGACGUUGACCUUUCGAUACGAGGGAGUGGCCAAAGCCACAAUGUGGACAGUUUGAAUGUCAGCGUAGCGGCCGGCAUUCUUUGCAAUGCGUUCUUGAGGAGAAAUCAGGGCAAAAAGAGAGCUCCUCUGGUUGAUCAGGCGGCAGAAUCAGAAAGUGCUUCUAGACCCGAGCGGGAUUUAUUCUAA